AUUUUUUUAAAAAAAAAAUCUGAUAUAUUAAAAAUCUAACAUCUUUAACAUUUUUUUUAUUUAAGUUAUAAAAAAAAAACACAAUGUCUUACUAUACAAAUGCAUCUGCCGAAAGCUCUUCAAACGAAGAUCACACAGAAUCAUAUAAGGAUAUUUUUGCUGAAUUAAUUUCGAAAAGAAGUUUUGAAAAUAACGCAAGCAAUUCUUUAACAAUGAUGGAGGGAAAUAAUUCAUUUACUUUCCAGUGUCCUAUUGCACCAAAGUGUGAGGACUACUGGGUUAUUCAACACUACAAAGUCAAAACGAUUGAAGAUAUUCCGUCAGCUGAAAGGUUAGUAAAAAAAAAAAAAAAA